AUGCUGAAAAGCUGUGGAAAUACUUCAGUGGCCGUUUCCAUAGGAAUUUCCCUUCUUUUACUGUUGGUGAUCUGUGGAAUUGGGUGUGUUUGGCACUGGAAACAGCAUAAUACAAGGCAACUUACCUUACCAAAGUUUUUGCAAAGGAGAAAAAAGAGAAAAGACCAAAGUAAAAGAGUCUCCUUGAGCUCCCAGGUUAUCGGCCCAAGGCAUAAAAUCUCAGUUCAAACCCAAGACCACAGCUCUGCUGGGAAGGACACUAACACACAUGGCAACUAUGAAAAUGUGGAAGCGUGUCCUCCCCAAGCUAAAGAAGAAACAGACAAGGGAGUAUAUGAAAACACUUGGCAGACCAAUUUCAAGGAACACAUCUAUGGAAAUGAGACACCAUGUGACUAUUAUACCCGCCAGAAGCCUGGUACUUCUGAAGAACCUCAAGAUGAAGACAUAUAUAUUCUUCCGGAUUCUUAUUAACUUUUCAAAAUGUGGGUUUAGUUAUUGGAGGAUAAAUAUUUUCUGGAACUUUUAUUGUACUGAUAACAUUAUUAAUCAAGUUCUUCUGUUCAAACUUAAUGAUCUCUGUUUUAUCUCCACCCUUCCGAAUCCUCUCUGCAUGUAUCACUGUGGAUUAACUCUAGCUAUCCUCUCCACCCUCCUUGCCCUGGAUUAAUUCUGCAUUAUGUCUUACUGAUUCUUCCUUCUGAACGUUACUUGUUAUAUUUUUCUUCUUUUUCUAUCUCCACCAUCUUUUCUGGCCCAGGAUUGUUGUCCCAGUCUGCUAACUAGUCUUUCUGGCUCUAGUUUCUACAUAAUCAGUGAUGCUGCAUCUAUCCCCAUGAUGUUGCCCGAUUCAUCCGCAGAAAAUAUUCCCAACGGCCACAUCACUCCUUUGCAUAUAACCUCUUAAUGUCGCCUCUUUGUAAAAGACAUACUACUCAUAAUUCUACCUCCAGAAUUCAUGACUUUACACAGCUAGUUCAAAUUCACUUUUACAGUGACUUCUACUAAUCUCUCACUUCGUUUUCAUCAGAAUCAUCUGAAAACCUGCCGAACCCAUCCCUCCUCCACAGCUUUGCUUGUCCACCCCCUCCUAAGCCUGCCUCAGAUCACAACUUCUUCCACAAGUCUCUUGAAUCAUUCCAAGCCUACAUUUGCCUUUUUUCUUUUCCUGAUCUCCUAUAG